AUGUGGAGUUUCCAGAGUGCCAUGUGGAUGAUGCAGCCAGGCGUCACGACGUCAUCCAAGUCAGAAACUGCUAUCUCCAGCCAGCCAUCAGCUGUCCAGCCAGCCGGCAGUGGUCCAGCCAGCGUGCAUCGGUCCAGCCAGCCAGCAGCGGUCCAGCCAGCCAGCAGCGGUCCAGCCAGCCGGCAGCGGUCCAGCCAGCCAGCAGCAGUCCAGCCAGCUGGCAACGGUCCAGUCAGCCAGCAGCGGUCCAGCCAGCCUGCAGCAGUCCAACCAGCCAGCAAUGGUCCAGCCAGCUGGCAGCAGUCCAGCCAGCUGGCAGCAGUCCAGCCAGCCAGCAGCGGUCCAGCCAGCAAGCAGCGGUCCCGCCAGCCAUCAGCUGUCCAGCCAGCCGGCAGUGGUCCAGCCAGCAUGCAGCGGUCCAGCCAGCCAGCAGUGGUCCAGCCAGCCAGCAGUGGUCCAGCCAGCCGGCAGUGGUCCAGCCAGCCAGCAGCAGUCCAGCCAGCCAGCAGCGGUCCAGCCAGCAAGCAGCGGUCCAGCCAGCCAGCAGCGGUCCAUCCAGCCAGCAGCGGUUCAGCCAGCCAUCAGCUGUCCAGCCAGCUGGCAGUGGUCCAGCCAGUGUGCAGUGGGCCAGCCAGCCAGCAGUGGUCCAGCCAGCCAGCAGCAGUCCAACCAGCCGGCAGCGGUCCAGCCAGCCAGCAGCAGUCCAGCCAGCUGGCAGCGGUCCAGUCAGCCAGCAGCGGUCCAGCCAGCCUGCAGCAGUCUAACCAGCCAGCAAUGGUCCAGCCAGCUGGCAGCAGUCCAGCCAGCUGGCAGCAGUCCAGCCAGCCAGCAGCGGUCCAGCCAGCAAGCAGCGGUCCAGCCAGCCAUCAGCUGUCGAGCCAGCCGGCAGUGGUCCAGCCAGCAUGCAGCGGUCCAGCCAGCCAGCAGUGGUCCAGCCAGCCAGCAGCGGUCCAGCCAGCCAGCAGCGGUCUAUCCAGCCAGCAGCGGUUCAGCCAGCCAUCAGCUGUCCAGCCAGCUGGCAGUGGUCCAGCCAGUGUGCAGUGGGCCAGCCAGCCAGCAGUGGUCCAGCCAGCCAGCAGCAGUCCAACCAGCCGGCAGCAGUCCAGCCAGCCAGCAGCGGUCCAGUCAGCCAGCAGCGGUCCAGCCAGCCAGCAACGGUACAGCCAGCAGUGGUCCAGCCAGCAGCAGCAGCAGCAGCAGCAACGGCGGUCCAGUCCGCAGCAGCAGCAGCUGCAGCAUUCCUGCCAGCCAGCGUUCCUGCCAGCGUAUUUAAUGUCAGCUAUGUUCCAGACAGAUACUAGUCCAGCAACAGCUGAAACUCUAUAUAUGCUUUGCAAUGAUGGAAUGUGA